AAAUAUAUAAAGACGAUCCCUGAAAGCACCCGUAGCUUCCAUGGCAACGGUCACCACGCUGCCGUCGCGAUGUCAGAAAACAAGAUAAACUCCUUAGUGAAAUACGACACGCCAGUCCUUGUGACGACCAAGAAAAGUGACAAGACUGACAAGGUCCCGCAGCUCAGCCUCAAGGACGGCAUCCCCACGGACAUCUCAGAGACCAGCAGCACCAGCGCCCCGGGUCUGAGUGGCCCCCUGCCCCGCGGUGGACCCCUGGGCACCACCCCCGCCCCCUCCCUGCAACUGCCGCCCCUCCACGAGCUGAGAAAGAAGGAGACUGAGGAGAUCCUGAACUUAAUACUGCCGCCGAGGGAAUGGGAGGAGGAAGGACAGCUCUGGGUGCAGGCCGUGUCCACCACCCCUGCCACCUCCGUCGACGUGCAGCAGCUUCAGGAGGAGCUUGACCUUCGCCUUCAGGAGCAGUCAGCCUUCGAGACCGGGAUCUGCCCCGUCAGGAGGGAGCUUUACACCCAGUGCUUCGACGAGCUGAUCAGGCAAGUGACAAUUAACUGCGCGGAGAGAGGCCUGCUGCUGUACCGCGUGCGAGAUGAGAUCAGGGAGACACUGGACGCCUACCAGCGGCUCUACACCUCCUCCUGUGCCUACGGCGUGAGGAAGGCCCUGAUGGCGGAGGAGCACAAGGUGAAGGUCGGCGCCAGAUGUGAGGAGCUGCGGGCCCAGGUGAGGGAGCUGCAACACCUGGCGGGCUCUCUGCGUCAGGAGAUCGAGCAGGUGGAGAAGGAGGCGCAGCAGGCGAGGCAGGCGGAGGCAGACAAACACGAGGAGACCAAGCGAGUGCACCAGGCCAGGAUUGAAAUACUGAAGAAAAAGCUGGAGAGCAUUAUCAAACAAGCCACUCAACCCAAGAAAUAAAGCCACAACUUCCGUGCCGUAGUAAAAUAGAAAAGAAAAAACCAAGUGUUAAUUACAUUUAGCAUUUCGAAUACAAAACUAUAUAAGGAUUUACUAUACAUACUUUUUAUCUUCCCUUUCCUUUUAUUCUUAGUAUUUUCUCCUUUUACAUUCUCUUUUAUUUUUCAUUCAGUUUUCUUUCUGUUCAAAAUCGAAUGUUCUCUUGAAUACAAUCCAUUUAAAGAUUUCCUA